AUGAACGGCACCCUGGCCGCUCUUACCGACACCGGCUACAUAGAGCUACUGGGACCCGAACCCAACGUUGAUGCCGUCGGCGAUUACGACGGCGACUUCCCCAGUGUAGUUCUGCUGGCCCCGGAUGUGGACGAAGCGAACCUCGGACACGACGACGAAGCGCCGCCCGUUCUCCGGUGCGUCUCCGAUGAAGACCUUGACGCUCCCGACCUGUACCAGGAUUCCGACGAUUUCGUCACCGUGCCCUGUGCCGCCACCGAAUUGAUCAAACGCAUCCUGCGUCUGGCUCAGAAAUAUAACGGAGCCAACGCAGCAGAUUUGAUCCGUGUGGGUACGAUCACCGUAAAUCCUUCCACGUACCAAGUCACCUCCAACGGCCGGGCAGUGGAUCUGGCCUGGCUGGAGUUUCAACUGUUGCAGUUCCUGAUGGUGAACGUGGGCCGCGUCUUUACCCGCGAUCAAUUGCUGGCCAACGUCUGGGGCGUGGAGAACAUUGGCGGCACCCGCACCGUUGACGUGCAUAUCCGCCGGUUGCGCUACAAACUGGAAACCAGCGGCACUGCCUACUUCCGCACCGUCAAAAACGUCGGAUACGGAAUGAUGGAGCCAUAG